AUAUGGGCAUGCAUUUUCAUUCAUGGCCCUCUUGUGGGAUCACAAAAUGCACAUGUACAACCCACCCAAUCUCUUUACAUAUACAUACAUAUAUACAUAUAUAUAUAUAUAUAAACACCAUUCCCAAUUCAAGAUGAUCACAACUCAUCAAUACUUCUUACAACAAUCCUUCUUACAAAUAACUUGUACUAGUCAGUCAUCACAUUGAUCUAUAUAUACAUAUUUAGCUUAUAAAUACAGUAAUUAUGGCAGAUUCUUCGUCGUCGUUGUCGUCAUAUACGAAGAUUAGAAGAGGGUGUUCGAUGAUUCCGGAGAGGUUUCAACUGCAUUUGUCUAUGGUAGGGUUGCAGUUUGGGUAUGCAGGGUUCCAUGUGGUGUCGAGAACUGCCCUUAAUAUGGGCAUCAGCAAGAUUGUGUUCCCUGUUUAUAGGAACAUUCUUGCCCUUAUUCUCCUUCUGCCCUUUGCCUAUUUCAUGGAGAAGAAAGAGCGACCACCUCUUACAUGGAGUUUCAUCAUCCAGUUUUUUCUCCUUGCAAUUGUUGGGAUUACAGCAAAUCAAGGGUUUUACUUGUUGGGCCUGGACCACACUUCUCCAACCUUCGCUUCUGCAAUUCAGAAUUCAGUUCCUGCUAUCACAUUCCUCAUGGCAGCCUUGCUCAGAAUAGAGCAAGUGCGGCUGGACCGCAAGGACGGGAUCUCGAAGGUAGUCGGAACAGUGUUCUGCGUGGCCGGCGCCACGGUCAUCACCCUCUACAAAGGCCCCACCAUCUACAGCCCGUCCUCCUCCUCCACCACAAUUACUGGAUCGACGGCAGCGGCGGCCAUCCUCCGAUUGGGCGAUGAUGAGGGAUCUAAUUCUUCAGAUAGAAAUAAGAACUGGACAUUGGGGUGCUUGUACCUGAUCGGACACUGCCUCUCUUGGUCGGGCUGGCUCGUCCUUCAGGCGCCCGUCGUUAAGAAGUACCCCGCUCGCCUCUCCUUCACUUCCUACCAGUGCUUCUUCGGCAUCAUUCAGUUCCUCGCCAUCGCCGCCUUCCUCGAGAGGACGCCGCAGGCUUGGCUCGUCCGCACACGCACCGAGCUCUUCAGUGUCUUCUACGCUGUACUCUCUCUCUCUCUCUCUCUCUCUCUCUAUAUAUAUAUAUAUAUAAUGAAUUCUAAUGUGCAGGGAGUGGUGGCGUCGGGGAUUGCUUUCGCGGUGCAGAUAUGGUGCAUUGACAGGGGAGGCCCUGUCUUCGUCGCCGUCUACCAGCCUGUUCAAACUCUCCUCGUCGCCAUUCUCUCAUCUUUCCUCCUCCAGGAACAGUUCUACUUGGGCGGGAUCAUUGGCGCUGUUCUCGUCAUAAUCGGAUUGUACCUCGUCCUUUGGGGCCACAAAUUGGACACCAUUCAACGCUCCGCCGCCGAGCAAGGAGGCGAUGCUACCGCUUCCUCCGCUGCCGCCGCCGCUCACAUUAAGGCGUCGUCCAUCACUCAACCACUUCUCUAUCACUCGACGGUUUGAUCGCCAAUCGCCUUAUGCAUCUCUGACUAUAUAUAUAGUAACUAUAUAUGGAACCGAUUUGGUACCGAGUGCUCUAUCAUAUUAGGGUUUGCUUUAAUUUUAUAUUUUUUAUUAAUUCCGAAUUAAAAAAAGAAAAGGGUUUGGGUUAUGUAUUUGGUACUGAUCUAUAAUAUGUGAGUUUGGUACGUGGAUUUUACCCAAAUUAGGGUUUUGGGGCUUUUUAUUGGGCCUAAGCCCA